UCCCCUCCAUCUCUACCCCUCUCUCUGUCUCUCUCUCUGCCCAUCUCUUUGGAUACCUUACUUGGAUCAUCUCGUCAGGGUUUGGGUCCCAGUUGGAAGACGAGCUGGGGUGUGACAAUGGCCGGGCUGAGACGCUGAGAAGCUCCGCUGGAUUUCCACCGCGCACCCAAGCCGGGGCGCACGCGUGAUGGAUGUACCCUCUUUUAGAGCUCCAUUUCAGUGAAGAUUGACAAGACUGGAGGGUUGUAGUUUGAGAAAAAAAAAGAACAUUCAAGCAGAGGGAAUAAUGCACAGAGCGUGGAUCCUCAUCGUUCUCAUAGAAGAGGGCCUCGCUCUGGCGCAGAGAACUAAAGACUCGUUGAGUGACAAUGGCGUCCAGAGUCCGAACCAGAAUGAUUGUGGCACAUGGGUGCGCACCAUCAAUGGCGGCGUGUUCACAUCGCCAAAUUACCCUAACACGUACCCGCCCAAUAAGGAGUGUGUCUACAUCCUGGAAGCACUGCCCAGGCAACGAAUCCAGCUGGCGUUCGACAAGAACUACUACAUCGAGCCGUCCUUCGAGUGCCGCUUCGACCACAUCGAGAUUCGCGACGGGCCCUUCGGCUUCUCGCCGCUCAUCAACCGCGUGUGCGGGGGCAAGAACCCCGGACCCAUCACCUCCACCGGACGCUUCAUGUGGAUUAAAUUCACCAGUGACGAGGAGCUGGAGGGCCUCGGAUUCCGUAUCAAGUACACGUUCGUUGCGGACCCUGACUUCCAUCUGCACGUUGGUGGACUUUUAAACCCUAUUCCAGAUUGUCAAUUUGAGCUGGGCGGCUACGACGGGGUCAUUCGAUCCAGUCAGGUGGAUGAAACCAAGCGGGUGAAGCCCGGGGACGCCUUGGACUGCAUCUGGACCAUCAGGGCCCCCCCUCAGUCCAAGAUUUACUUGCGCUUUAUGGAGUACCAGAUGGAGCACUCCAAUGAGUGCAAGAAGAACUUUGUGGCCAUCUACGACGGCAGCAGCGCCAUCGAGAAUCUGAAGGCCAAGUUCUGCAGCACAGUGGCCAACGAUGUCAUGCUGGAGACCGGCGUGGGCGUGGUGCGCAUGUGGGCUGAUGAGAAAAGCCGCCUUAGCCGCUUCCGUAUGCUCUUCACCUCCUUUGUGGACCCCCCUUGCUCGGCCAACACCUUUUUCUGCCACAGCAACAUGUGCAUCAACAACUCACUGGUUUGCAAUGGCGUCCAGAACUGCGUUUACCCAUGGGAUGAAAAUCACUGCAAAGAGAAGCGAUCAAGGGGUCUCUUCCACCAAAUUACCAAGACCCACGGCACAGUCAUUGGUGUCUCAUCCGGGAUCGUGUUGGUUCUUCUUAUUAUUUCUAUCCUGGUCCAGAUGAAGCAGCCCCGGAAAAAGGUGGUAGCCCGCCGACCAGGCGUCUUCAACAAAGCAGGUCUGCAAGAAGUCUUCGACCCACCGCACUACGAGCUCUUCUCGCUACGUGACAAGGAGAUGUCGUCUGACUUAGCUGACCUGUCCGAUGAGCUGGACAGCUUCCACAAGGUUCGGCGCUCGUCCACCAUGUCACGCUGCGUACACGAGCAUCAUUGCGGCUCGCAGGGGUCCGUGGGGACGGGCGGCGGAGGCGGUGGCAGCAUCAAGCACAGCCGCACCACAUUGAGCUCCAUGGAGCUGUCCUACCACAAUGACUUCUCCAAGCCACCGCCCAUGAAGACCUUCAACUCAACCGGCACCUACAAGAAAAGCUGCUAUGGCUACAAGCAGCAUGCUCAGACUCACGACUGCGACCAGCAGGUCAUCGAGGACCGCGUCACAGAGGAGAUACCCUGCGAGAUCUACAGCCGAGGCGGCGGGGCCACAGGCGGCGUGGGUAUCGGCGGGGCGGUGGGCAUCACAGGGGGAGUGGCCAUGGCUGGGGGCAUGGGAAUGGCGGGGGGAGUGCCCAUGGCCGGGCCCAGUGGCAUUGCUGGUGGCAUUGGAGGCAGCAUGGGUGGUGCUUGCGGCACCCUCACCAUCCGUGGCAGCAGUUCCCGCAACAGCACCUCAGUGGUUGAUCCCCAACAACGUUCCAUGUCCAUGGACUUCUAGAAAGAGAGUCUACUCUCCACGGGGUUGGAAAACCGGGAUCAAAAAACCAAAAACAAAACCUUAAUGGUCAAACACCAACAGCAUUCCAUCUCACAUGGACUUUUAAUAUGAAAAUCUCUGUGGGAUCGAAAACUGGGAUCAAGGAACUGCAGCAACCAAGAGAGUUUAAAGUCAGACCUGCAUGCACACCACUCAAAUGCAGGAAGAAGAACCAAUGGAAAAACUUAAGUAGAAUCUUCUGUCCAUGGAAUGGGAAAGCCGGACUACAAGGACCAGAACAACUGGACCAACUGAGAGAGUCCGGAUUCAGACCUGCAUGCAGACACUCGGCUGGAUCAAGAAACCACCCAGAGAGAUUGACCAUUCAAGACUCUUUCUUAACUUUUUACAUCUGUUCACCUGCCAUGCACAGACAGAUACGUAUAUAUACAUAAUGUCUUGAAAUAAUUUAUUAGAAUUCUUUUUUAUUAUGGUGCGUGUUCCAUCACUGUCACAUCUCAGAUAAACAGGCCUUGUGACAGGGUGGGAUUUAAAGUUGUCAACGUCUUUUCCUUUUGCCUGUUGAUCAGUUCAAAAUUGCUGUCGCAUCCCAACAAUUUUAAAUGUCUGGCUGCAAUCACAAUCACCUGGUCAGUUACUUCCCUCCCCUGGUUGGGAUACGUCACAACAAACCAUGUGACACAGCGCUCUUCUGGUAUUGGUCACAGGAAUGUAAACAUAAAGUAUUUUGGGCUAAUAGGUAAAACUGGACAAUCUAGGACAGGGGUGGUCCGGUCCUCGAGAGCACCCAUCCAGCUUGUUUUCCAUGUCUCCCUCCUUCAACACACCUGAAUCAAAUAAUCAGGAUUGUUAUCAAGCUCCUGCAGACCCUGCUGAUGUGGUGAUCAUUUGAUUCAGGUGUGUUAAAGAGAACCAUGGACAGAAAGACUUGUAUUGCUUAAAAGAUAAAUAUUAGUAUGAGUUAUAACAACUUGAUAUUCAAACCCCUCCUAAUUUUUUCGUUUUUAUAAAAUUUGAAAAAUUAGUUUAACCAGUGGGUCGCCAUUGAUGUUGACAAUGCAAUGCACUCUGGGCGGUUACAUCACUGGGCAGCACUGCGUACCUCCACAGUGUCACUCGUUAGCUACAUAAACAUGUCGUCGAUUCUGCCCUUCCAAUUUGAACCCGAGCGGAAAAUUGAUGAGCAGGACAGCACUGUCGAUAUUUCACAAAACGAGCAGCAAAAGCAAUUAAAUGAAGCUCUCCAGCAGGAUUCGAAUCCGAGUUUCACAUGCGACAGACAAGCGCAUAGACCACAGGUCUAGGGCCAUACUUCCGCGUGACGUUAGAGUCAUGAUUUUCCUUAUAAAGCAAUCGCAACCCACAUGCGUUGUCUGUUUGUGCGGUAAAACAUGAAAGGGAAACACAACUGAAAAGAAAGUGAUCAGACAGCAAGCAGACAACAAUAAAAUAGGGAUCGUGUAAGAGGAUUUAUAGGACACACAAAAAAACAUGCGAUCGCGAAAGGGGAGACACAAAAAGGGUACGUGACAGUAGGUCGGAAUAAAAAAAAAAUUUAAAAACGAGGGAAAACCGCGGUGAGAGGCAGAUAAACGAAAAACAACAAGGCAAUGAUGCAACUAGCAAUGAAGGGAUAUACAAACUGUCAAAUGGCAUCAAGUCACUAUCUUGGCAAGCCGCCUAGGAUCGGUUGAAAGACACUGCUGAUGAGCUGGAAUUGGAUGCAGGUUUGACGUUGGGAACUCAUCCCACAUCUCCGUAACAAAACAUCGGACCAGCAGCAGAAUGUGACAAAAUCAUGCCAGUCGUCAUACUAGCUUCAUUUGCUAGCUAGCACAGCUAUUUUCCGAGUCCAGCCCAACCGCGUCAUCACCACCACCGUGCAUUGCGCGCGUAAAACAUGAUGCCCUCCGUAGGUCAAAACGUGCUAAAUAUGAUAGAUUUUUAAAUCAAUGGCAAUAAUAUAUGUGUUUCUAAUAACAUGUUUUAGUAAAAAAGAGCAAUUGUGGCUUAUUAGAGCCUACAAGUCUUGAAGUCAGACAUAGAAAACAAACUGGAGAGGGGCGCUUGAGGACCGGACUUGGGCAUCCUUGAUCUAGGACAUCAGCAAAUAGCCAAGUGCACUUUAAAGUGGAUAAAGCAAAGACUUGACCAGUGAGUAAAUGUUUUCAUUUGUUGACAUUAUGACGAUAUUAAGAGUCUGCAGACCUGAUUACUUCACAAGAUGGUGGAGUACAUUCUGAUUCAGUGAUCUACGUAAGCAUUGUGUUGUUUAGAGUCCAAACCUAUUUGCUUCACAACCAGGUCGUCCAAAGUUUAUUUGGAACUAAUCACUUUGUCCUAGGUUGUCUCAGACCAGUUGGUUUUGUCCAUUAUUGGAUUUGUCAUGGAACAAACCAAACCAAUGUGGAAAACAAACUAGACUUCUGAUCAAAUGAACCAAAAUGUUAAAGUACCCCUAAAAUAGAUACUGAGUGGUUGGUUUCGUCUGGAAAAUGAAAUACAAUAAAAAACUGUACAUGUCAUUUAUGACUGUUAUCGAUCCAAUUAGAGGUCCUUUCUUGAAUAUUCCAGUUAUUUCAAGUAUGAAAGCAAUCCUAAACUAAUCAGUACAGUUGUUUGGUUUCUUUAUUCAUAACUGACAAAUCACGUCAAAUAUGAACACAAGCUAAAGUACACACAGCAAAAGAACAUGUAUUAGAACAUGAAAAAUGUGUUAGCAGAAUUUCACAGUAAAAAAAGGUAUCGCCUUUCAAAAUUCAUACUCAAUUUUUUCAGUAAACUGGAUUUAAGUACACAUAUAAUCAAUUAUUCUAAGCUAGAUAUGAACCCAGGUUACCUCAACAGUAGAACAGUGCAGGGGCGGAACUUGGAGGGUGCUGGGUGUGUGACUGCACCCGGGCCUCUAACGGGCCUGGUCUGUGGGCAUAAAGUGGGCGUGGUUGGGACGAGUGGAGGGUUAAAAAGAAAGGUAAAAUGAUGCGCAGAGCUGUAAUAUAGUGUUGAAGUUCUAAAAUAUCACUGCCAGCAACUUGGCUGGCUGUCUGGAGGGACUCGUGAAUAAUUGUGCAUUAGCACCCCCAUUUGGACAGUUCAAUCGAGGGUUCCCGUUUAAGCUAAUCGCACCCGAGCCCUGUUCACAUUUGUUCCGCCACUUGAUUGGCCGGCACCCAUCUACCAAUGUUGUGUUGAAAUCUGUCUGAACGAGUGGCACCAGAAUGAAAAACAAUGUUGAAUUCAUUUGUGAUGGACCAAAAUUUAAAAACAUCAUAAGAACUGGUAGUAUGUUUGGGUUGAUCCAGACCUCACCAAAAUGAACUGUACUGGGUGGGAAUAAAGUAAAAUGAACUGUAGUUUAGUCAUAUUCACACCUGAUCAAACUAAAUACAACAGAACACAACAAAAAAAAGUUAGCAGUCCUUACAGUAUGUUUUGGCUAGUUGUGUGACUCAAUGGUGCCUCAAGGAAAAAAAAAAACAUUACAAAACAUCUCCAGUUAACCUCUUGUACUUGCACUGGACUUGCUAAAUCUGUUAAGGUCCUGAUGGAGAUCGAUGUGUUUUUGCCUGCUUACCUCACACAUACAGAUGCAGACAUAACGCCUAUAGCUCCAUCUCGCUAUGGGAAGAGCACACUAAGAGACUCUUAUUUUGGUAAGAGGAAAAGUGUAUUUUUUAAUUCUCCUUGUGAAAUGUAAAACAAGCACAACUUGUUUCCCCUAAAGACACGUUGUGAAUGAUGACUAUGUAUGUUUUCAUUCUGUUGGAUUAAAAGAGAACCUAUAGCCGACUCACUAGCCUGUAAGAGCUUUAUUGCACAGUGUUGAUCAUAAUCCAAUCGCGCUGCCCUUGACGGAAAUAGACGUCCAAGCGAUUUCAGCUGGGAGGGUCAUUUUCUGCUAUUCCUCCCAGUUAAAAAUCGAUUGGGCGUCGACUACUGUCAAUGGCAGCCAACGAGUUAAAACUGAUUAGUAUCAUUAUUUGUGGGUUAUUUAAAGUAUGUAUAAAUGACAUUAUUGAAUAUGAUGAUUGACAUUUGUUUGUACAAAUAAAGGCUGUUCCAAGUCUUAAUGGAUGCGUUUUAGUCACUGCAGUUGAGUAUAAAAGGAGAUUUUUUGCUUUCUACCUGUUAGUGUCAGCGAUUGCUGUAAACAGCAAGUCAUGCACGUGAUUUCUUUGGCAGAGAUGUUUUUUUUUUUUUUUUACACCAAUGCCCCUCCUAAGGCAACUCAACUUCAAACACACCAUCUGUGCUUUUAAGUUUUUUUUAAGAGCACUCAGAAGAAAAUUUGUAUGACACAAUUUAACGCUAUGUAGCGCAAUUUAAGGAAUUUUCGGACUAUAAGGCGCACCUGACUUUAGGCCGCACCUAACCAAAUUUAAUACGAAAAUGACAUUUGUUCAAAGAUAAGCCACGAUGGACUAUAAAACGCAGCUGUCCUCGCUGUGUUAUGGGAUAUAUACACCUAAAAAUAUUAACGGAUAAUACUUUAUUUGACAUCGACAUCAUAAAACCAAAUGAACCACCAUGAAGCUUUGAACCAAUUGGUUGCGAAGCUUCAUUGCUUCAAGAAACUUCAUUUGGCCCUCAAUGCUCCCUUGGGAGAGACAGUCAACCUCUACUGCCACCUGCUGUCAACACUCUAGCCAUCCAACAUGGCUUCUAGCAAGCAUUACAGCGCUACAGAUGUAAAUAACAACCAAAAUUCAUGCUCUGUGCUAAUUAUUUCUUCAAUUACUGUUCCACUUGUUUCAUUAAUUGCUAGUUAUGGCAUUUGGUAACACUUUUUUUGACAGUGGGGCCAUAAGACUGUCAUAAAACCAUCAUAAUUAUGACAUGACAGUGCCAUGAGGAUUAAUGAAUGACUAUGACAGAUGUCAUUUCGUGUCAUCCGGCAAAAUAACCCACCUUUGAAUGGAUGUAAUAGAUCAGAGCUGGACAUGAAUGGGAGUCUGUGACAUAAUUUGUCAGAUGACACUUAAUGACGUGUGUUAUAAGCAUUCAUUAAUGCCCAUGAUGAUGUCAUGUCAUAAUUAUGACGGUGUUAUGGCAGUGUUAUGACGCCGCUGUCAAAGUGUUCCCUGUUAACCCAAAUAAAUCAACAAAAAAGCCCCACUGGACUAUAAAACGCAGCUGCCUUCACUGUGUUAUGGGAUAUUUACAACAAAAUAUAUUAACCAACAAUACUUUAUUUGAGUGCGGCAUUAUGAGACCAACUGAAUAACCAUAAAGCUUUGAACCAAUUGGCUGCGAAGCUUCAUUGCUUCAAGAAGCUUCAUUUGGCCAUCAUUACUCCCUUGGGAAGACAGCCAG